AAAAAUUUGCCCUCUCCAACGCAACACAAUUCAAGACGAUGGCUGAAACGAUUCCCGCAACGAUGAAGGCGCUGGUCAAGACCAAGCCCACUGCGUCGUACGAGCUCGUCGAAAUCCCCGUGCCGGUGCCUGGCGACGGCGAGCUGCUCAUCAAGGUCGAGCGGGUCUCCAUCUGCGGCAGCGACAUCAAUCUGUACACUUGGAACGAAGUCGGACAAGCGAUUGCCACCCUGCCGUUCACUCCGGGCCACGAAUGUGUUGGAAAGGUUGUCAAGGUUGGCCCGAACUGUGGCGAGAUUGGCGUCGGCACACGCAUUGGCGUCGAGAAUCACUACUACUGUGGCAACUGCUACCAGUGUACGCAUGAUCUGCCGCACAUCUGCAAGUCGAUGGGACAGUUCGGACACGGCAAGCAGACCGUUCACGGAGGCUGCUCCCAGUACACCAUUGUUCCUGCACGCUACGCUUACGUGCUCAAGACAAAUCUGACCUCUCAGCAAGCGUGCUUGCUUGAGCCUUUCGGAGUGGCUCAACAUGCUAUCGAAGAGGUGGAAUGCAAGGACGAUACGCUUCUUGUCAUCGGAUGUGGUCCUAUUGGCCUGCUCACGGUUGCGGUUGGUCGCGCAAUGGGCGCAAAGACAAUCAUUGCUGCCGAUGUCAUCCCGGCCAAGCUGGAGCUCGCCAAGACGAUGGGUGCCGAUCACGUCAUAAACAGCAAGGACGAGGACAUGCUGGCCGCCGUGAUGAAAAUCACCAACUCGGAUGGCGCGGGCUGCAUUGUUGAAGCGUCGGGAUCUCCGUACAUGGUCAACACGUGCUUUACCUUCCUUCGCAAGGGCGGCCGCAUCCUUCUCGUCGGUCUGCCCAAGCAGCCGUUGCACGUCGAGAACGUUCUCCACAACGUCAUCUUCAAGAGUCUCACUCUCAAGACCAUCCACGGACGCAAAAUCUUCCACACUUGGGAGGAAUCCGAGCGCCUGAUCAGCCAGGGCUUGGUCGACAUCUCGCCCAUCGUGUCGCACGACAUUCCGAUGAGCAAGUUUGAAGAUGCGUUCAGCACCCUGCUCAAGGCCGAAGGAUGCAAGAUUUUGAUGGAUCCCCAGGCCUAGAUCUAGUUUGAAGUCGGCCAGAAUGCCAGUAUUGCUGUUGUUGUUGGUUUUUGGCCAAUUUAUCUUGUGCGCAAGUACACAACAGUGUUGAUGUGUG